AUGCCGCUGUGCGAAGUCGGACAAUACCAGACCGGCGGUGAUGCAAUUAUCAACCGUGGUAUAAAGAUCUUUUACAGAACAUACGGCGGUGGCCCCGUCAAAGUUCUAAUGAUCAUAGGAUUAGCUGCGACCCAUGAUUCCUGGAACCCGCAAAUCCAGGGACUCGUCGGAAGCGUAAAACCCAACGACGAAGACGAUGAUCGGAGCUCCAAUGAGACAGGUACAGGUAUUGAGGUGUGUGCCUUUGACAAUCGGGGAGUAGGUCGUAGCUCUAUACCAACUAAAAGAUCAGAAUAUACAACAAGUAUAAUGGCUAAAGAUGCGAUAGCAGUUAUGGAGCAUUUGGGUUGGAAGAAAGCUCAUGUAUUUGGCCACUCAAUGGGUGGUAUGAUUGCUUCAAAACUGGCUGCUCUAUUUCCAGAUAGAAUUCAGUCUUUGGCUUUACUUAAUGUAACUGGUGGAGGCUAUCAAUGUCUUCCCAAGCUUGAUCGCCAAACAUGUUCCAUUGCUAUUCGUUUUUUGAUGGCAAAAACUCCAGCACAGAGAGCAGCGGUGGAUCUCGACACUCACUAUACACAGGAAUAUCUUGGAGAAUAUGUUGGAAUAGAAACGAGAAGAGCAAUACUAUAUCAAGAAUAUGUCAAAGCAAUUUCAGCGAGUGGGAUGCAAUCCAAUCAUGGAUUUGAUGGUCAGAUUAAUGCUUGUUGGACACACAAAUUAUCACAAACAGAUCUAGAAAUGAUCCGAAAACAAGGUUUUUUAAUAUCAUUCAUUCAUGGCAGAUCUGAUGUUAUUGCUCAAGUAUCUCAUGCAAGAAGACUCGCACAAAAACUAUAUCCACUUGCAAAGAUGGUUGAACUUCAUGGAGGUCAUCUUGUGAGUCAUGAGAGGACCAAAGAGGUGAAUGAAGCUUUACUUGAAUUGAUAAGGGCAUCAGAGAGCAACAUAAGUCCACAUGAUUGGACAAAUUUGUCUGGGAAGAGCACUAGUAUCUGGUCAAUGAGCUGGAUUUCCUCUAGUGGAUCUAAGUCAGAAGGAGGAAUCACUAAUGGAACUCUUAGAAGCAUCAUGCUAUACAUAUUUAGCAUCUUUGUUUUAUUAUUUGAGUACAUAAGAAAAGUUCCUAGACGCAUAAGGCCAGUCAGGGUAGGCACUGCUCUCACAUCAUGA